AUGGCCCCCAAGAAGGAGAAGAAGUCGAGCGGUGGCGCUGCUGGAAAUUCGGCCGAAAUCUCAGCAGAGCAGACUCAACUGCUGGAACUCUUUUCGCGCAUCUCUCUCAGCGGACCCAAAGCGCUCGAGCUGACUCGAUUACCGGCUCAGUCCAAAGCUCUUCAAGAAGUUAUCGAAGAUUUGCCCAGCGAGGUGGGCCAGCUCGAUCAAAGAGUGUCCGGGCUGAUCGUCUUGGUGUGUGCGCCUGCCAAUCUGAAAGGCGUGGAGCGCAGUCAAAGGAACUACUUGGUCAGGAGGGUGCUGGACGGCAGCAUCAACACCUCGGAUAAGGUCACUGGUGAGUGCACGGCACCGAACACGGUAUGUAUGCAUGCGCUCGGUCAGCGUGCUGAUGGGCCCUUCAUUCGAAUCUGCUAUUAGCUGCUGCCAAAUUCCUUUCCAGCAGCCAACCAGAAGUGGAUCAAGCCGCGUUCGAUGAGGCCUGCGGUGUCGGUGAGUGCGAUCGUCUAUUGGCACCAGGAGCAAGAGGAGCCCUGCCAGCACAAGGAUGAGAAUACAAAAACAAAUGCAUGUAUUAGAGUCGACGAGCUUUGGCUCCAUGGCUGCAAAAUCUACUCGACUGAUCUUUGGCGUGGCUCUCGCAGUGUGUCGGAGUGCACCACAGUGGUUGAGCUGACACUCCUUCGCUGCACCACUCUAUAGGAGUCGUCGUCACUCCGGACACAAUAGACUCCCUCGCGAGUCAAGAAGUAGGAGCUAUAGCUUCCGAAACCGCAGCUCAGGAGGCAUGGGCAUCGCAGAGUAACCUCAUGGUCAAGCUGCGCUCAAAUGAAGAGCUGCGGUGGGCUUCAGCAGUGGACAUCAAAGAUGCGUUGGAGAAGCACCUCACGCAACGGUUCGGCAGCAGGGCAGAAGCGCUUCAAGCAGCUAAGGAAGCGAGGGAAAAAUCAGCGGCGGAAGCCAAAGCUGCCAAAGCUGCCAAGGCCGCGCAAGGGAAUGCGUCCAAUGCCGCACCCGCUGUGGAAGAGGCAGAUCCUACUGCCAUGUUCAAGCAGGGGUUCUUGUCGCAGUUGCACAAGCCCGGAGAAAAUGCGCAGGGAAAUCCCAAGCACAAGCAGCUUCAUCUCAAUGCGACCGGCGGCAAAGUCUUCACUCGCUUCCCACCCGAGCCUAAUGGCUUCCUACACAUUGGACACACCAAAGCAAUAGCGAUCGACUUUGGAUACGCAAAAUACCAUCAAGGUAGUUGCUACCUGCGCUUCGACGAUACGAAUCCCGAAGCGGAGGAGCAGAUCUACUUUGAUGCAAUCCUGGAGAUUGUUCGGUGGUUGGGCUUCGAACCCUGGAAGAUAACCUACUCUUCAGAUUACUUCGAUCAAUUGUACGCCCUCGCCUUGGAGCUAAUCAAAAGAGGCAAAGCGUAUGUGGAUCAUUCUACUGGAGAGGAAAUCAGGGCCGAGAGAGGUGGAGAGGAACGGGGGCCGAGAAAGGAAUCGAAGUGGAGAAACAGACCGAUAGAAGAAUCGUUGAAAGAGUUUGAGAGGAUGAAAAAUGGAGACUAUAAACCUGGAGAAGCUACAUUGCGGAUGAAGCAAGAUAUCUUGGGCAAUGGCAAUCCUCAAAUGUGGGAUUUGAUCGCAUAUAGAGUGCUCAAUGCAUCUCAUCAUCGAACAGGCGACAAGUGGAAAAUCUACCCGACUUACGAUUUCACGCACUGUCUGGUUGAUUCCUUCGAGAACAUCAGUCAUUCCCUCUGCACCACCGAAUUUGUCCUCUCUCGGGAGAGCUACGAAUGGCUGUGCGAUGCAGUAGACGUGUACAGACCUCGUCAGUACGAAUUUGGAAGACUGAGCCUGGAGGGCACGCUCACCAGCAAGAGGAAGAUUUUAAAAUUAGUCAAGGAGAAGAUCGUGGAUGGGUGGGACGACCCCAGACUUUACACACUCUUGGCUUUGAGGAGAAGAGGCAUACCUCCGGGCGCCAUCCUCAGCUUCAUCAACGAGCUUGGAGUGUCCACCAGCCCAUCCUCUAUUCCCCUCGCUAGAUUUGAGAAUGCAGUGAGAAAGUACUUGGAAUUUCAUACGCCUCGGUUGAUGAUGAUCCUUCAACCACUGCGCGUGGUUCUGGAGAACGUACCGGAAGGCUUCAAGGUAGAGAUUGAAAGGCCGUUGCACCCCAAGGUCCCUUCCAUGGGCACCUCGAAGCAGUUCUUCGUCAAGCAUCUCUGGAUAGAGAAGGAGGACUUCCGCACCGUGGAUUCGAAGGACUACUUCAGGUUGGCGCCCGGAAAGACCGUCGGGCUUCUGGGUGCUCCAUUCCCCGUCACGGUGACAUCCUGGGUCGACACCUCUGGCUUGACAGAAGGAGAGCCGCGAGAAGUGAGGGUCCGAUACGAGGAUCCAGCGUUUGGCGGCAAGGGAAUGAGCAAGUCCAAGGCGUACAUCCAGUGGCUGGGCCAGGACGAAGAGUCGGGCAGUCCGAUUAAGAUCGAUGAAGUGAGGAUACACCAUCGUCUCUUUCACUCGGAUAAUCCGGCAGGGGAGGACAACUUCCUGGACCACGUCAACAAAGACUCCUUGGAAGUGCACCACGAAGCGCUCAUCGAGUCUUCGUUUUGGGAUGUGGCAAGGCGGUCGUUUGCACGAGCUCGGUCUGAAGCUUCGGCCCGCACUGACCAAGCAAAGACGGAAGCUGCUGCGACGAAGGAGAAGGAGAGCAAAGCUGUCGAAGAAGGAGUAAAGGGUGCCGUCAAGACGGGCGAUGGAGCUCCUGAGCGAACGCAGGAGCAGCUGAUCGGCAAUGAAUGCGUCAGGUUCCAAGCUAUGAGGAUAGCCUACUUUGCUCUGGACAGAGCGGAUAUGCAACCUCUUACCGAGAGCAGCACCCCGGACAGAAUAAUUCUCAACAGGAUUGUCAGUUUGAAGGAGGACGCGGGCAAGAGCACUAGUGCAAAGUGA